AUGAAUUCUCCGUUUGGUGAGGUUUUUAUGUUUCUUACAAACCUGGCUUGGAAGAGUCGUGUUACCAUACCUGUAUUGGUAACGACUGCUUUUUUAAUCAUGGACAUACGAUUGCAGAUAGAAAUUAAUAUCCAGUCGGGGCAAGUGGCUGCUGCAGAAUUUAAUCGAAUGGAUGGAGACGAUGAUGAUUAUUUGGAUGACGAAGAGGACGAUUAUGAAGAAUAUACAACCGAUUCGAAUGCAGAUGAUGACGAAGACGAUGACAAUUAAUGUUAACUCUAAAGCUUCCUAUUUUGUUUGUUUUUUUUUACCCUUACUUUAGAUAUUUCAAUAGACCCUUAGGUAAAGACGCAACUGCUAUAAAAAUCUUUUGUAGCCACUUUAUGUUAUGCCAUUUUUUUAUUCCAUCAAGCAUAUAAUAAAUAUAACCACGUACAUGUCUACAUAUAAA